AUGGAAUCGAAUUUUCUGCAAGAUCAGCAGUCAUUAUUUACGAAAAGGUCAAGACCAGAUUCAAAAAGUAAAUCUUCAAGGAAAUUAUCAUUAAAUCAGUUAAAUAGAAGGCUUACGCCGCUCUGUAAAAGUCUUGCAAUAAAAAACUUCCCCAGUUGAGGAAAGCAAAAUGAAAACGGAGAAGGCGGAAAAGUUUUCAAUUGAAAAGUCCUAAAAACAUCACUGUAUACUGUAGAAGAUCUCAAAGAAAGAUUAGAAAAUCAAUGAGAGGAAAGCAAAAUUCCUUCAUUUAUGAGAGAUCUUUAUAAAUCUAGCAUUUAUCAAUUACCUGAAAAUGAAAUUUCAUCAAAGAUAACCUCGGAAAUUUUUAAUUUAAAAAAUGGGACCUCAAUUGCACAAAAAUUAAUAGAGUCCAUUCAGGAUAGAGAAAUAAUUUUAGAAGAUUUGAAAAAAGGCGAAAAAGAAAUUCAAAGCAGCUCUCCUAGAAAAGAUUCUUUAGAAAAAGCUUCAGUCUUAUUAAAUGCCUAUAGAUUAUCAACUUUAGUAGUAAUUGAAAAUAUUACCCAAUGAAAAAAUGAAGCUAGCCUCACCAAGUCCACUUCAUUUAUUUAAGGAUAGGAUUAAAGAUUAGGAUCUCCUUGUUUAAUAGCACACCCAAGGUAAGCCUUAAGAUAAGUCUUGCUUAGUCGUAGGCCAACUUCUCUGGGCUUGCAAGCAUCCACUAGAAAUAGCUCUGCUCUAGCUCUAGACCUCAUUCUUGAUGCUACCUUAGAACUUUGGAGUGCAAUAUAGGAAUUUGGCGGCUGUGGUUCAGCACCUGGAGUCCAAGUUAGGGAUACAUAUCAGUUAGUAUCGAUAUUAACUGUACCUUUGCCAUGGCACUAGUGGCCCCAGGGCAACAAAAAAAAAACAUUUUUCUCAAAUUUCAUCUCGAAGAUACUAAAUUUGAAUGUAGAGGCAAAACUCGCCCGGAGCUAUAGGUUCUUUUGCUGCUUGGCUAGUCUUAGGCCCCAUUAAGUCCCCAAAAUCUCAAAAUUGAUUCUUCAUUUAUAUGAGACGAUGCAGAUUAUUUCGAAAAAAUUAUAAAAGACUCCGAUUAUAUAUCAUCAACAAAUCUCCAUAAAUAUUUCAAUCUCAAAGAAAAUGACCCAUUAUUAGGCUCUAUCUCAAACCCUAUAAACAAUGAGCCAUCCCAAUCAAUUGAUCCCAAUUUUAUUUAUCUUCCUGCCUCAUCAGACUUGCUCAGCAGAAUAAAUGAUGCAAAUCAGAUACUUCUCAGUAGCAAUUUUCAAUCCGCCAAAAAUGAAUCAAAAAUAAUCCAUCGUUCCCACAAAAAUUUAACUACACCACCCAGUAGAAAGCCCCGCACGAAAUCCAAAAUAAAAUCCAGAAGCUCAAAACUCUGCAAAUUAGCUGACGAUAUCAUAAAUAAAUCAAGUGAAAAAACAAAGGUAAAAUUAAAAUUCGAUUCAAAUGGAGAAAAUGUCAAUUGAGAAAACCUGUGAUUUAAACCAAUUAAUGUGUAUGAAAAAAAUAUCAGUCCAAUAUUAGGUGAGUACUAUAAUUAUCUUCCAGAAAUGUGUCGAAAUAUAAAUUCAAGCUUAAGUUUAUUAUUUUUAGAAAUAAAAAAUUUGGUAAAUCCAUGCUUUUAUUGGAUUUGUUUUGAGCAGAGGAUCGUAGGAUUGCUGGUUUAUACGCUGGAUUGUAGCAGUGAUAUGCCGAAAAUCGUUAUUAAUCAUUUAUCAUGCUUAGUUUGGGAAGGAUAUUUACAUGAAAUUACAGCAGCCACGAAAUUUCUGCUAACUCCCCCCCCCCCCCCCCGUGAGCGAACAAAAAAAUUUUGUUCGCUCACGGAGGGGGGUUAAUUUUUUUUUUAAAAACAAUUUAUAUAUAAAUUUUAUAAAAAAUAUUUUUUUCGAAAUUUAAAAAAAUCCUAAUUUGCAAAAAUUGGGAAGCAAAUAUUAAUUUAAUUUGCAAAAAUUUUAUGUUUUAAAACGCAAUUUGUUUAAAAUUAAACAGAAUUAGCUCUAGAUUUCAUUAUACUAAUUAUCACUUAUAUAUCAAAAUUUUUUUCCAUUAAAAUUUUUUCUAUUAAAAAAAAUUUUUGUUCACUCACGGAGGGUGGGUUUUUGGUCAAAAAAUGGCGAUUUUUCUAAUGGUUUUGUUCGCUCACGGAGGGGGGGGGGGGAGUAAGCAAUUAUGAUUAUGAUGAAAUCAGAAUUAAUUUAUUUACAUAUAAAGACCAAGAAAUUACAAAACAAUACAAAACUGUUUUUUCAGGCUGCAAAUAUAACUGAAAAUCAACCAUUCUUAACGAAAGCGCAUAUAAAAUUACAGUCAUGGGCACUUCGCGAAGUAAAAUUGGGAUAAUUCCAACAAUUAACCCAUCGACUUAUUCACAAAUUAGUAUAAAAGCUGAAUGUGAAACUGAGAUUUCAAAAGAAAAUAUUCUAGAAAUAACAGAAAUCAAUAUAAAUAAUUUAUUGAAUUCAGGAAAUCGGCAAUGUUUUGUCAAAUCCUUGCUUGAUUAUACCAGUAUUAACGAGUACAACUCAUCAUCAAUCAACACUGGGGUCAACAGAGAAAUCGAUAAUUUGAUAUUUUUAUUAAAUGGCGCAAAAGUCUAUCAUUUCCCUUAUAUUAACAAAAUAUUCGACCAAAAAUCAGAAUUUUUAACAUCAGGAUUUUUUGAGAUUAAUUUAUUUUUCCCAGGCUGCACAUAUUUUGCUCAACGUUUAGCUGAUAGUUCUUACCAAUUAAUGAGGAUAAAAUCAGACACAAUUACAAGAUGGAAUUUCAGCGACUAUAAAAUUUUCUAUAUUCAGACAAAUUUGCCAAAAAUCCAAGCAUUUGUGAUAUAUAAAGAAAAUUUAAAAGAAAAGCUGAUAGAAAAUUUUAAUGCAAAUCAUUAUGAUUUGUUUAAAGAGGCAGCUGAUAUACUUAAAUUUGCGAAAUUUGAAGAAGAAAUUGAAGAAUUGUGUAUUCCUUGCUUUAGCAAAGAAGCAGAAAUUGGAGAAAAAUGGAUGCUUGGGUAUAAAAUGCCAGGAAUACAACAAGAGUAUACAAUAAAAAAAUGCAAAGAAACCAUUAAUAUCAAGAUGCACCAGUUCACUCCUUCCCAAGGACUAUUAAAAAUAUCGCGGCACCAUCCACAUUUGAUCCUAAACGAUUUUAUUUUUGGUCUUUCCCACUUAAAAUCAGACGAUACCUUAGACAUUCCAUUAUUUGUAUCUUUUAUUGAAAAAUCCGAUUUUCUAUUACCUUAA